AAGAAGACUCCCUCGUUAUCGAGAAUUUUUCUUGGUUCGCAGAGGCAAUUCACGCUGAUACUGCAAGCGAGAGAUGAGGCGAGCACAGGCGUGAUCGAGGAAGCGAGUUUCAGCGGCAUUGUCCUGCCAGGGCCCACGUGGCACACUCUCAAUCAUGAAGGAAGAAACGCUCAUCUAGCUUAUCGCGUUCGGGUCCAGUGCGCGGACCAUUAUUACAACGCGACCUGCACGAAGUUCUGCAGGCCGAGGAACGAUAUAUUCGGCCAUUACACCUGCGACGAGAACGGCGAUAAGGUGUGCAUACAGGGAUGGAAAGGCGCCGAUUGUGAAAUAGCCGUUUGCAAAGAGGGCUGCCACCCAGUGCACGGUCACUGCAACGUGAGCGGCGAGUGCAAGUGUCGACAUGGAUGGCGCGGUGAACUCUGCGACCAGUGCACACCAUAUCCCGGCUGCAAACACGGAUACUGCAACGGCUCCAGCUGGCAGUGUAUCUGCGACACGAACUGGGGUGGUAUCCUCUGCGACCAGGAUCUCAACUAUUGCGGCACGCACGAACCCUGUCAGAACGGUGGCACGUGUGAGAAUACAGCGCCAGAUCAAUACAAGUGCACCUGCCCCGAGGGAUUCUCUGGACCGACUUGCGAAAAAGUCGACAAUCCCUGCGCCUCCAACCCUUGUGUCAAUGGAGCGACCUGCAGAGAACUGGGAGAGAGUGCUCAUUGCGAAUGCGCUCCUGGAUUCUCCGGGCCUUACUGCGCCACGGACAUCGACGAAUGUGCAUCCCAACCUUGCCAGAAUGGAGGCACUUGCGUAGAUGGGAAGAACGGAUUCGCGUGCAACUGUCCACCAGCCUGGCAGGGAAUCCUGUGUCAGUUCGACGUGGACGAGUGCGCCUUGAAGGAAUCCCCGUGCAAGAAUUCGCUGACCUGCGUGAAUCUCGCUGGUGACUACAAAUGUCGCUGCAGGAGUGGUUUCACCGGGAAGAAUUGCACGAAGAACAUCAACGACUGCGUCGGUCAGUGUCAACACGGAGCGCUAUGCAUCGACCUAGUCGACGACUAUCACUGCAGCUGUACCGCGGGAUAUUCUGGCAAGGAUUGCGACGUGGACAUCGACGAGUGUGCCUCGAAGCCUUGUCAAAACGGCGGAGAAUGCAGAGACCUGGUGAACUCUUACGAGUGCGUGUGUCCAGUCGGUUUCACCGGAUAUCAAUGCGAGAUCGACAGGGAUCACUGCAGUCCGAAUCCAUGCAGAAAUUCUGCGCCAUGCUUCAACACGCAAACGGACUACUAUUGCCACUGUCCAGAACAAUGGCAAGGGAAGAACUGUUCCGAACCGGCAGCUCAUAACCCACAAUUUGGCGUCAUGGACGAAGAGUCUGGCUGCGGUAGCGAGGGUACACCAUGCGGAGGCAGAGGCAGAUGCAGCGGCGGUAGAUGUAUUUGCGAUCCUGGAUACACAGGGAUGCACUGCCACGAGAACAUCAACGACUGCAGAGGAAAUCCUUGCUUGAACGGCGGCACGUGCGUCGAUUUGGUUAACUCGUUCCAGUGUAUCUGUAGGGAGGGAUGGACUGGAGAUUUAUGCGAUCAAGACGUAGACGAGUGCACAACCUCCCCUUGUCGCAACAACGGCACUUGCGUGGACGGAGUGGCGGACUUCACCUGCAUUUGCAGAGAUGGUUGGAAAGGGAAAACCUGCGCCCUUCGUGCCGGCCACUGCGAACCUGGUACCUGUCGCCACAGUGGAACUUGUCAAGACCGUGGAGAUGGAUUCACUUGUCAUUGUCCUCCAGGAUGGGAAGGGGCUGCCUGUCACAUAGCGUCGCCAGCGUGCGCGAGUAAUCCUUGCGAGAACGGAGCGACCUGCGUGAAUACCGCCGAUGGCAAUUACAGAUGCGUCUGUCGCGAAGGUUUCGAGGGUCCGAACUGUCGUCGAGACGUAGACGAUUGUCAACCUUUACCGUGUUUAAAUGGAGGCAAAUGCGUAGACGGAAUCAAUUGGUUUAGGUGCGAAUGUGCGCCAGGUUUCACUGGCCCUGAUUGUCGGAUAAACGUGAACGAAUGCGCCAGUGAUCCCUGCAUGAGUGGAUCAACGUGCGUAGACGGUAUAGCGAGCUACUCCUGCAUCUGUCCGCCAGGAAGAACCGGAGUUCGCUGCGAGAUCCGCACCGCGGGUGGUCCAGGAUGUCCCGUAGCCAGCUGGGACGACGACUGCAACAUCUGCGAGUGCAGAACCGGCAAGAAUCAAUGUAGCAAUAUCUGGUGCGGUCCUGGGAACUGUUUGAACGGUACAUCGUGCCUAGCUCACGAGGUCUGCGUACCUAGUCCAAGCGAGAGUUGUCUAGCUCCGUCGUGUCCAGCUUGGGGUGAAUGUCGUCCAGUAGAAACCGGAAGAAGAGUAGGACCACCUGCUUUGCCUGCGCCGCCUUCUUGUUGGCCUGGACAGGCCACGCCAGGUCCAACCUGCUCCAGAUUAACCAUUUUGUUAAGAAGAGACACCCUCGCCACAGGCACAUCCGUCGAGAUCCUCUGCAGACGGUUGAGGAAACUACUAGCUGAUCCAAGAAGGCCACAAUCCAUCGUUCUUCUGUGCGAUCUUAAACCUGGAGACAACGAUACAGUGGAAGUGACUAUCUUCUCCGAAGCAGCCGCGGACGCCGCCAGAGAUCUAGGCGAAGCUCUCAGCAGACCUCUGGGCAGACCUCUCGCUCUGGCCUCCGUGCUGGAGGUCAAAGUGGAGACGGCCUUGCUCAGCGAACCAAGUUCCGUGAACUCGAACAGCGCCGGUAGCUACGUGGCCGUUCUAGGCGGAGCUCUGGCAACAGUUUUAGUCCUCGCGCUGUUUGGUGGACUGUGGUAUCUUAAAACGGUCAGGCAGAGAUCGAGUUUGACCGCAACGACCAGCAGCGAGACCUCGUUGCAUCGACACCGUAGCGAUUUGGACGAGAAGUCGAACAAUCUUCAAAACGAGGAGAACCUGAGGAGAUACGCGAAUCCUUUAAAAGAUCAGGAUCAAGGAGAACCAAGGGUCUCGGUAGUGAGACCUCUGUCUGGAACUUCGUUGGCUCUUGGUGCGACAGAAGAAAGUUUAGAGAUGGUCUCCGAGGACAGUAGACAUCGUUUGCCACCGCUUUAUAAACCUCCGAGCGCGGAAGCCAGGAACAAUACUGCCAGUUUCACGUACGAGGAAGGACCCCACAAGCCGUACAGCAAACCCAAACUUCAGGAGCCGACGUAUUCUUCUCAUCAGCAACCGGGCACUAGCCAGACUUCAGGAUCCCAUCAAGUACUCACGGUUCACGUGUAACACGAUGGACUUGCGAAUGUUUAAAUACAUCCAUUUUUCAAGAAAAAAAUUGUCCAUAUUUUGGAUGAAGAGAAUAGCUGCCAAGGACAUUAAGGAAGAAUGA